CAACCAACUAAUACUACAUCAGCAUUCAGCAAUUUUAUAAACAAACGAAACGAUCCUUCUAAACUCCGAGAGUGAGUUCCACUUCCACUUCCACAUCAAACUUCGAAUUCACACGCUCAAAAUUUCUCUAAUUAAAUCCACAUGACUUCGACUUCGACGAUGCUCUCUCUAGCUUCGGCCCCUCCAACUGCCUCACUUUCAGUUCAUGAAAACCUGAAGGGAAGAUUGAAGCUUGGAGGUGGUAGCUUGAGCUUCAACAAGGAGAAAGCCAAUCCCUUUAUUAACACAAAGUCUUUCAGUCGGAUAUCUAUGGUUGCAGCAGUUAAGGUUUCUCGUUUUGAAGGAGUAACGAUGGCUCCUCCCGAUCCAAUUCUUGGAGUUUCUGAAGCUUUUAAAGCAGACAACGAUGAAAAGAAGCUCAACCUUGGAGUUGGGGCCUAUCGAACAGAGGAGCUACAACCUUAUGUGCUGAAUGUUGUUAAGAAGGCGGAGAAUCUUAUGGUGGAAAGGGGAGAAAACAAAGAGUAUCUCCCAAUCGAAGGCUUGGCUGCAUUUAAUAAGGUGACUGCGGAGUUGUUAUUUGGAGCCAGCAACCCUGUAAUAAAGGAACAAAGAGUGGCUACUGUUCAAGGUCUUUCAGGAACUGGUUCUCUUCGACUAGCUGCAGCUCUGAUUGAACGAUAUUUUCCUGGAGCAAAGGUUCUAAUAUCAUCUCCAACUUGGGGUAAUCACAAGAAUAUUUUCAAUGAUGCUAGAGUUCCAUGGUCUGAAUAUCGAUACUAUGAUCCAAAAACAGUUGGUUUGGACUUUGAUGGGAUGAUAGCUGACAUAAAGGCUGCCCCAGAAGGAUCUUUUGUGUUACUUCAUGGCUGUGCUCACAAUCCAACUGGCAUUGAUCCAACACCUGAACAGUGGGAGAAAAUUGCUGAUGUCAUUCAGGAGAAGAACCAUAUACCAUUUUUUGAUGUUGCAUACCAGGGAUUUGCUAGUGGAAGCCUUGAUACUGAUGCAGGAUCUGUGAGAUUGUUUGCUGCGCGUGGGAUGGAACUCCUGGUUGCCCAGUCAUACAGUAAAAAUUUGGGUCUUUAUGCAGAAAGGAUUGGAGCAAUCAAUGUUGUCUGCACAUCAGCAGAUGCAGCAGCAAGGGUAAAGAGCCAACUGAAAAGGCUUGCUCGACCGAUGUACUCCAAUCCUCCUAUUCAUGGGGCCAAAAUUGUUGCCAAUGUUGUUGGGGACCCAACUCUCUUCAACGAAUGGAAAGCAGAAAUGGAAAUGAUGGCUGGAAGGAUAAAGAACGUGAGACAGAAACUAUAUGAUAGCCUCACUGCAAAAGAUAAGAGUGGAAAGGAUUGGUCGUUUAUACUUAAGCAGAUUGGCAUGUUCUCAUUCACAGGCUUGAACAAAGCUCAGAGUGACAAUAUGACAAAUAAGUGGCAUGUGUACAUGACAAAAGAUGGAAGGAUAUCAUUGGCUGGAUUAUCUUUGGCCAAAUGCGAGUACCUUGCGGAUGCCAUCAUUGAUUCAUUCCACAAUGUCAGUUGAGAUGAAUGGAUAAUUAGCUACACACAUGAGAAACACAGCUUUAAAAUUUUUGGAGAGUCUUAUAUUCAACAUUUUUGUUCCCCUUUUUGCGAAAUGAUUUGAAUUUCUCCAAGUCUAAUAAUAUUCAAUGGAGUUGCUUAAUGGAUUGACAAUAAUCCUGUAAUAAUGUAUGCUUUUGCAUGUCAGACAUUUUUGUAUUGUCAAGUCCAAUUUAAGGCAAUUUGUUAGAUCUAUUGUUGAAA